AUGAAAUACUUUUUCAACUUAUUUUUCAUGGUGGCACUUGCAGUUCAUGGAGCAGCGCUGAAUUGCACCGCAUCUUGUGGGAACCAUGGCCCUGUCAUCCGAUUUCGAUUCCGAAUUAAAGACAAGAAACCAGAAUACUAUGGCUAUCCUGGGUUUGACGUAUCCUGCACAGAGCACAACUAUGCAGUGCUUGAGCUGCCAACUUCAGUGAAGCUCUACAUUCGUAGCAUUGAUUAUGAAUCUCAAGUUCUAAAG